CAUUCAUUUUUGCGAUGCUACAAUGGGUGCAAGUACAGCGUCAAAAGUGACAUUUUCUUAGCAUUUACAUAAGUUUUUUAAAAAAAUCAGCGCUGAAUGAUAACUAUAUUAUGGUCGAUUUGAAACCAGAAGAAAAAUCACCAUUAUUGCUUUAUCUAGUAGAUGGGGAUGAGAAUGUCUCGAAAAACAACAAAAGAGUUAAUUUUGAUAAAGGACGCCUUUACGGGAUCUCUUCUGGUGCUACGGCUGUUUUCACAGAUUUUCCAAACUAUGUUAGUCCAUGUUGGGUAACCGCCCUUCUUUCAAGCUUGAUAUUCUUUAUGAUGGUUUUGCUAAUGGUUUCUUCCAUUGGUUCCUCGAGAAACCUUAGAGUACCUAGAUGUACUCACAGCAACCCUGAGGAGCUCAGCAAUAAAACAAUACAUCUAGUGCAUCAGUCAAGCGAUUGGAGUCAAGAACAGGUGAAUUUUCUGGAAAAAAUUAAGUCUGAAUAUCAGGGAUAUGAUGUGCACUUGGUUUUAGUGAGGCAGCCUAGUAUAAAAGGGAAGGAUUUGAAAAAACAUUCGCACCACAUUGAGAAGGUGAGAAAUAGAAAUCUGUCUGUGCCGGUGAAUCGCACUUUCAAUUCAAUUGCUGGCAUUCAUUCGGUUCUUUUGGGAAUGAAGCGUGCGAAGAGAAGCAAGAAGAAUGCGAGAGCGUUAAGGCGGAAGAAGCGAGGUCAUGAAGACAGUAGUUCGAUGGGUUUAGGUUUGGGGGUCAAGUAUUUGCUGGAUAUUCUGCUGCGAAGCAAAAUAGAAAGUACCAACGUUAUAAUGAAGAAACGCUCAAAUGAUUCAAAGCCGCUUCCUGAUAUGUUCAACCUGACGGAUCUGUUUUCAAUUAUAACUCCAAAGCCCCGACCUAAAACUCUCGAAGACAUUAUAGACGAUUUUCCCGGUCUUACAGUUAAAAAUGCAACUGCAGAAGAAAUUUUCUUCAAGUCUCCUCUGCAACAUUCCUGGGCUAAAUUUAAUUCCGAUUUAUUGCUCUUUGCUGUUAGAGCGAUGUAUCUGUGGCAAUACGGAGGCUUGAGCUUUAAAGUGGAUGGCAAUGGAGGCGAUGGCGCUGAGUGGGAGAAUGUGGAGAAAUUCUCAGUCGCCCCAGUGGUUACUCUGCAAAAUUUGGAUCAUACGUCUAUCCAAAUGGUUCCUCAUGAAGUUUCUACGAGAAACGAUAAACUUCACAAAUUUAUCCUUGCUGGUCGAACAACUUUUGAAAAUAUGCCUCAAGAAGUUGUAACCGCCGACGAUGAAGGGUUACAUAUAUUUACUAAAUCUCCCUGCCACGCUUUCUUUGGAGAAGUGCUCGGCUAUUUACGCAGAGCUAGAGGAGACGAGACUCCUAAAAUGAUUAUCCGAAAAUCCCUGAAGGUGUUCUGUAAAUAUGCCGCAGUUGGUAACAAUUAUUGCCGGAAUUUAGUCCGAGGUACUGUGUGACUCAAAUGUAUUUACAUGGUGUUUUUACAUAUAUUUUUUGCUAAA